AUAUUAAAACAGCAUUAUAUGUCACUUUUUCACAUGUCCUUCAAAUCCCCCAAUUUCAUAGCUGUUAGUAAGAAGUUUUACAUUAUAUACACAUGCAAUUUUUUUUACCUAAAAUGUUUAACAAGUAUUAAACUAUAAUAUUUCUCACUCUGCGGUAGAAUAUAGCACACUCACUUUAGUUAUAUCCAUCCACAAACCAACAUAUAGUAAAUUUUUUUCGACAGGAUCUAGACAUGUUUAAUGCAAACUUUAAAUAGAAUAGAAUUUUAGCAUAAAACGCUAGGCGUGUAGUUCGCAGUAGGGUCCGGCCGUAAUAACCACAGGGUUCAAUAGCUCGAAAGCAUUACAUAUAAAAGAAAAUCCAGGAUUAAAAUAUGGACAAUAACCCGAGCAAAGUGACGGGGUACAGUCGAGAAAAAACAUGGUUUAAAAUUUCUUUUCAAAUUUUACAGUUCAAAAUUUCGAAACUCUUUUAGAAAAUAAAUACUUAAAAACAUGUCUUACUUUAGAUUUUUUAUUUUAACAUUACUGAUCAGCUAUGUACGGGGUGUUACAGAGCUUGCAGAAGAAACGUGCGAAACUUUACCAUCAGAAAUACACAUAACAAAAGAAGAGUUUGAUGAAUUGGGAAGGUUGCAAAGGACAUGUAAUGGGGAGGUGGCUGUAAACAAAUGCGAGGGUUCGUGUAAAAGUCAAGUUCAACCCUCUGUGAUCACUCCAACUGGGUUUCUAAAGGAAUGCUAUUGUUGUCGCGAGAGCUACUUGAGAGAACGAGUCAUCACUCUCACACAUUGCUACGAUCCUGAUGGAGUACGACUCACCAACGAAGGCUAUAAUGCCAUGGACAUCAAAUUGAGAGAACCAUCCGAAUGCAAAUGUUACAAAUGUGGAGAUUUUAGUCGUUAGAUUUUUCGUUAUUUUUUUUUCUGUUAAAAAGUGAAACAAAUAUUACUUUAUAGCUUAGUGCUUUUAUGUAACACCAAUGGCUAGUGUCUUUUAUAUAUUAAUUAAAAAAAUUAUUUUAUCAGUUAUGUGUGAAAGUGUGGUUUGA